AAUUAACGACAGCUCUUUGACGUAAGGAAUUGAGAUUUUAAAAGUAACAAUAUUCCUCAAAUAAGUAUUUAUUACUCGUCCAAUUGUCAAGAAAUACAAAAUUUUCAGACGAAAAACUAUAAAAUAAUUCCCUACAACAAAUAGGAGCGGAGUGUUGACUUCACUACAAAAGUACAAAACAUUUACAAAAAUGUUUUCCAGCCAACUUAAUAUUCAAAAUAUUAUUACUAAAAAAACAAAGAAAACAUAUAUCUCGUAGAUAAACUUUAAUAUUACUUGGAGUUCUUGGUCUCGCAAAUACAAUCUGUCUACUUGCUAUUGAUACUUUCCUAAAAGACACUUGUUUAACAGAUUUGGAUGAUUCUCUACAAUCAUUGUUUCAUUAUUUACAAUCAUUGAAUUGAAUCAGACACGACAUUCCAACCAGAUUAGGGUUCGUAAUUAAAAAGUUCAUUGAGUAAUCCUUACGUAAUCCAAAUUAGAGAAGUCUGUCAUAUUUUUCGACUUCUUGCUAACGUAUAGACAUUUUUGUGUGUGAUACUGUAGAUUCAUAAUAAACCUCCCUUGCAAUUUGUAGAUUACAUUGAUAUCUUAUACUUUGUUCCUCCAGCAAAUAAUUUUUCCAUUGCGAUGGGGUUUACUGCUAAUUUGUUUCUUGAGUUGAAAACUAUAGAUUUUAGCACUGUAUCAAUAAUAUAAUUUCAUCUAAGUAGACUUUUGCUACACCUAAUCCAGCGUUACAUAUAUUCCAUUAUGACUUUUGUCUUCACUCCUUAUACAAAUGCUUACAAUACGAAAACAUGCAUAUAAAUAUCCAAAGUUUCAUGUGGGUCUAACUAUAUAAUAUACAGGUCUUUUGUCUUUCAUUUUAAGCAGCCCCAUUUGGUCAUUUCUUAAGUAUGUAGACUCUUAUUUGUGGACUUUGGUGAUGUAUAUAUGUUCUCUAAACCAUAAUAUUCACACAUGUUUCAGAACAGAGAUAAUGGCGAAAACGAAAUCUGGAGAGAUGCUAAAGGAGAGACAAAGGAAAGGGUUCUGGUCACCUGAAGAAGACGAGAAGCUAAGGAGAUUCAUCCUCUCUCAUGGCCAUUCUUGCUGGACCACUGUUCCCAUCAAAGCUGGGUUACAAAGGAAUGGGAAGAGCUGCAGACUUAGAUGGAUUAAUUACCUAAGACCUGGGUUAAAGAGGGAUAUGAUUAGUGCAGAAGAAGAAGAAAUUAUCUUGACGUUUCACUCUUCCUUGGGAAACAAGUGGUCAAAGAUUGCGCAAUACUUACCAGGAAGAACUGACAACGAGAUAAAGAACUAUUGGCAUUCUCAUUUGAAAAAGAGAUGGCUCAAGCCUCCAUCUAUGUCCUCUUCUUCUGAAUCACGUGUUUCUUGUAGAGAAAGAAACCCCCAAACCUUAGUCUCGAAUCACGUCAUCUCAUUCCAGGGACUUCCUGAUAAGACAUCUUCAUCUCCAUCAGAAGAAAGCAACAACAACUAUCUAUGUUCUUCUGGUCCUGAGAUUCCAAGGCUUUUCUUCUCCGAGUGGUUUUCUUCUUCUGAUUUGACAGACUCCAACCACAAUCAUGCUCCAAGUAUUGAAGGAACUAUCUCAGAUUACCAAGAAUCAGGUGACGUUGAUCGGUUCCAUUACAACAAUAUGAUGAUGAACAACAGCAACUGGACUCUUGAAGACAUUGUCUUUGGUUCCAAGUGUCAGAAGCAGGAGCAUAACGUUGAUAGAGAGGGCCUAGAUUGUAACUCUUCUGAUAUUUUAUUUUCUUCAUCAAUAAUGAUGUAGCUAUGUUACGUCUAAACUAAUGUAAAUCAAAUUUAUAAAGUAAAUAAUCAUGGUAAGAUGUUUAAAGAUUUUCAAGA